CCCGAGUCGAAGGCAUGCGGCUUAUUAUGGAACCACUUUGAUCCUUACUAUGACAGCCUCUACUUUGUGUUACAGCUGUGCCGCAUAACCUUCCAAAAAAUGGAACGGUCACAUCGUGCUGACAACCUGGUUCGAGUUUACUGUAGGCUACCAUCAUUUUAUUGCCCACCCCGCUUCACCACCCUGUUGUCUUUUCACACCUUGAGCAUCACACCUUGAGCAUUAAUCCAAUUACUCACCACAGACAUCGUCGCAUUGCUUUUAUAUUGACAGCGUGAAAUAUGGAAUCCACAUCUUUCACUCCAUAUUGGAGACAAGUUGGCCUCUCGAUGAACCCCUACUCGUUUGUCUUCUUCGUCGUUGCCCAGAUAGGCGGACGCCGCCGCCCCAUUGCAGUGGUAUCCAGCAGAGCAGCAGCAACAGAGCCCGCAGAGGAAUUCAUGCAAGGCACACCACUAAUUACGGCUUGUCAACGACUCAUCACAAUCUUCUCAGAUAAUGCAAACCAUUCUGCUAUCGGAGCUGAAUUAUCUCUUGCGGAAAGCUAUUACUUGACAGAUGCGGGCCAGAAAAUUCAUCGUCCAGAACUGUGCGAGCUACCAGAAAACGUUGAUGGCUAUUACGAAUUAAGCAUCGAACUAGGAUCCUGGAACCAUGACCGCGUGCAACAAUUUCUAUUCAUAAGUGCCUGUCUGCUUCAAGGCGUUGCAUUUGACGCCCACGGAGGGAAGUGUUAUGAAGCGUCGCCUGAGCCACUCGGUACUGUGUAUAGGGACACCAACGUCGAGUGGGCAAUGGUAGUUAUUGAUAUCACGUCAUUGCAAGAAGUGCGAUAUGGUAUAGUCAGCUUUGCCUCUGCUCCCAUGAAAUGGGUGCCUUCUCAGGAAGCACUCGACAGGCAGCUUGGACCUCGAGACUUUCUCGGGGCACCGAGCUCUAGCGGAGGCGAGUUUCGAGUCCUGGAUCAAGUGCGUGAACGGGUCGCUAUGUCUGCAGCAGAGUAUAUGCAGAAGGUCGUCGAGCCAGAUGUGGUUGAAAAUGACGAUACGGCUCUUAUCACACAGCUGUUGGCCAAUGUGCCGCUCGUUGACUCCAACGCUUUCGAUGUUAUCUGGCCAGCGGAUUCAGUUGAGUUAGAGGACGAAACUGUUCUUCAGAUGGAAAGGCUGUCAUUAGGCAAGGAAAGGACAUUACAUGAACAUGCCAUCAAAAGUCUGCUACUAAGCACAGUUGACGUGGAAGAUUUCAAUAUUCAUAUAUUCGAUGACGUUCGGAAGCUUCCGUACUUCCCAGAACUCUUACGUCGAAACUUGCUAAAGGACUCCACUCGAUUUUGGAACACACGUUCAUCUGGACUACUUUUACGACUAGCUUUCGAGGAUGGGGAACGCUUAAAUCUAGAAAGAGUCCAGAAUAUCUCAGUACAAGCCAUUCUGGCAGCUGUGAAUGUACCUGGAAUGGGAAGCGUAUCAUCACUCUCUAUUUGUACCACCAGUAUUCGCGACCUCUCGGGCUCACUCAUCGAAGGACUCUCGAAAUCAAAAAGUCUCCGCGAAAUACACUUCAUGCAAAGCCCUUUCCGAGAAGUUGACACCCCAGACACUCUUCUUCUCGAAGCCCUUUCCUCUUACUCACACUUCUUAUCACGAGUCAAAGUCCUCUUCGCAAGCUCCUACUCCGCCGCUCUCCUCAAGAAGUUCUGGCUCCCAUCUCUUUCAACAAGCAAUACAACAAGUCAAGUCGCACUUCUAUCCGUGUAUCCCAUCCAGCAAAUCCUCAUCCGCUACCAAACCAAAAAAGGCGACCUCCACAACACCAAAGACUUCACACCCACCUCCUCCAUCUACCUCGGCGACAGCCUCCUCACCCCUUCCCGCUUCGCCACCGGCUUCCUCACUUACCUCCGCACCGCCUCUCCCUGGCCAGCAGGCGACAUAAACCCCUCCGCCCAACUCUUCGCCUUCUCCAGCGCGCCCUCAUCCCUCUCCUCGUCCACCCUAACCUCCUCCGCGGAAAUCUCUCCCAUCCCAGCAGAGUCCUUUGCACUAGGCGAUUUCUCCCUCCCUCAAGGUAUAUGCCCCAAGAUCAGGGAUCUACACCCAGAAGGAUGGACGGUCUUGGUUUCAUUUGAGCAUCAUUGGGAUAGAGACGUUGCUCGUGCUGCGAACAAGUGGGCUUUCAAUCCGGAUCCGGAGCAUCCUGAGAUGAGACCUGGGAGUCCGAGGUCGGAUUAUAUUCGCUAUGCUUUUGUGCGUGCUCGUGGGCAAACGAUCAGGGUUGGGCAGGCGGAGUCAAGAGCAUUAACUACGGAUGAGCUGGAUGUUAUGGGCUUAAGGGAGUUUCUUGCUGUGAAAGCGCCGGAAGUUGAUCCGGGGCUUGUUGAGAAGCGUUUGGGUGAAGCUGGUGAAUUUUUAGCGAGGAAGCCAACUCAGGGGGUUUUGCCGUUGAAUGUUGAGCCGCUGUCGGUGAUGGGUCGUGAUGAGGCGGUAAGUAUGCUUGGUCGGUGUUUGAAAGAUGCUGGGGAUUUGAAUGGCAAGUUGCGGAAUGCUAUGAAAGAUGAUCCUGAAGGUCGGAAAUGGUAUCCAGAGCUUCUGUAGAAGAGAUGGCAUGCUGAGGAUUUGGUGCCAUUCAGUUGUUGUUACAGUGUUUUGCAAGCGGUCCAACCCACAUAUAUCAUUGUCCUUGUUAAGCUGGUGAAGCCACCACAGCUUCUGCCGCACACACCCAAAUCGCUGCUGAGCCUGGAAAGUUGCAUGACAAUUAAGGCAGUUGAUUGUACACUU